GAUUGUUGUCUCAAAUUGAGCUACUGACGCCGUUUAAAAGAAAAUACUGUUACACACGUAUGUCAUGUUCAAGUCCCCAUCCCGACCACGCCCAUCCCCCACUCCGGCCAUGUGGCAAGUGUGUGUGCCGGAGUCCCCAUGGUGUCCAGCCCCUCCCCUCACGUAAGCUGUGAACUCUGCGUCAGAUCUUCACUGCAUGGACGAGAGCAGGCUGGAGUCAUGGAUCAGGGAGAGAUGGAAGAAGAUUUGACAACCAUUCAUGGUCACUGUGACAGCCCUUUAAAUUCUUCAGCUGAUCGAGGGAUGAAUCCAUCUGGACACCAGAAUGAGGAAAUGGACCAGAGCUCUUCUAACUCUACAGUGAUCCUUGAACUAAGUUCCGUCCCUGAAAAGGAGGACAUAAGUGUUCCUGAACUCAAGAGAGCAGAAAGUGUAUUUCUUACCAGAAAAACUCUUGGAUAUUCUACAGAUGAAUCAAUCAGCCUUGAAGACAGUGAGGACAGUGAGGACGAGUACGUUCCCUACUCAGUUUCUGACUCAGAAGAUUCCCUUUUAGAGAAAGAAGUUCAAGGGCACCGGGCCGGUGGAAAGGCAAAAAGAGGCAGAGAAAAGAGAAGAGAGGUAGAGAAAGAAAGGGUAGCAGGAAGAAAGAAAGGAGGAAAGAUGUCAAGUUUACAUGAGAGGGAGUACGUUUCACCUUCAGUUUCUGAGUCAGAGGAUUCCCUUUCAGAGAAAGAAGUUCAAGUGCACUGUGAUAAUAGAGAGGCAGUGAGAGGAAGAGCGAGGAGAAGAGAGGCAGAGGGAGGAAGAGCGGAGAGAAGAAGGAGGAAGAGAGAGGAAGAGAGGCAAAGGGACGAAGAGCGAAGAGAAGAGGGGCAGAACGAGGAAGACUGA